UUCCGGCUCAAGAGGCGACUCGGCAAAAUGAAAUAUAUUAUAGGCAUCGGAGGGGUCACCAAUGGUGGCAAAACCACCUUGACCAACAGGCUCGUCAAGGCGCUGCCCAACUGCUGCGUGGUCCAUCAGGAUGAUUUCUUCAAGCCACAAGAUCAAAUAGAAGUCGGGGAAGACGGCUUUAAGCAGUGGGAUGUGCUGGAUUCCCUGGACAUGGAGGCCCUGGUGAGCACAGUGCGGGCCUGGAUUGAGAACCCAGUGAAGUUUGCCCGCUCGCACGGGGUGAAUGUCACACCUGGCUCUAGAGAGCCAGCCUCCCAAGAUAUCCAUAUAUUGGUCAUUGAAGGCUUCCUGCUCUAUAAUUACAAACCUCUGAUCGAGCUCUUUGACCUUCGCUACUACCUGGCAGUGCCCUACGAGGAGUGCAAGAGGAGGAGGAGUACACGGAAUUACACCGUGCCCGACCCCCCGGGCCUGUUCGACGGCCACGUGUGGCCCAUGUACCUCAAACACAGGAAGGAGAUGGAGGACUCGGGGGUGGAUGUGGUUUAUUUAGAUGGCCUGAAGUCCAGGGAUGAACUCUACAACCAAGUGUUUGAAGACAUUCACAACAAGCUCCUAAAUUGCUCAUAGGGUUGGGAGGACCCCGAAGAUCCGUGUACAGCGAUGUAAAUAAUACUGGGAAGUGGGAGUGGGGAUUUGUGUGAACUCCUCUCCCACUGCCCUUUGGCAAGUCCCUUCUGUAUAUAAUUGAAAACUGAGGAUAACUUAUUCCCACCACAUGGACAGGAUGGCCUGGGUGGGCUUUAUUUUUUAAUUAUUUUAUAUUCUGCUGGCUUACAGAGAAGCUGGAAACAGCAUUUUUAUAGCAGAGCAAGUAGAGCUGUGCUGGGAAAACAAAGAGAGCUGCUGCAGACAGAAAGGCUUCGUGCAAGGCUUGUUUGUAACAUCACCAACUCAGUAAAAAUCCACUUCAGUCUCCUUCUGAGGCCCUGGUUUAAUUCAUCACUCAGCUUUGUUGCAAUAAAAUGGGUGUGAAGCUCACCCAGAACACAACAGCAGCCCCUUUUUCCUGGGUGUUUGGAAAUCCUCAAAGCUCCUUCCUCGUGUCACUGCUUGGGUUUGGGUGCUCACAUGGCCCAGCCAGGUGGGAAUGGCUCAGUUUGUGAAUUUAAACCAUGAGGUGAACUGGGGGAUUUCUCAGGGAAUGAGAAAUGAGAACUGUGCUUCCCUUGGAGACAUUUCAGGUGUUAAAGGUAAAGCAGCAUCCAGAUUUCAGCCUGAGAGAGAGGGCAGUGCCAUCCCUGAAGAGAAAUGAGAACUGUGCUUCCCUAAACCAUUUCAGGUGUUAAAGGUAAAACAGCAUCCAGAUUUCAG